AUGUCGUCGUUAUCCGGCCAUGCGCCUUCCCGAGGCAAAUCUGCAGCCUCUUCUUCCCGAGCAGGCCCUUCAACCCCAAAGGCGCGACGUUCGAAACUCGCCAAGGAGAAUGAUCUGACGGCAGAGGAAGAGGCCGAGAUCAAAGAGGCCUGGAACCUCUUCCGGCUUGAUGAUGUGGAAGACUACGAGGAUGAGAAAGAAGGCGUCAUUCGGACGACCGACGUACGGAAUGUUCUAAAAGCGCAAGGACUCGCGCCGAGCAGUCAGUCGGAGAUGCGAGAAUUCAUCGAGACGCUAGACCCAGACUCGUCUGGCCAUGUGACGUAUCCUCACUUCCUCGCUCUGUGCGCCAUCCAGCUCAAGGCCAAAACGGACGAGACCAAAGCCGAAGAAGUCGAGACUGCGUUCCAGCUGUUCCAUCCCGGUCAGGCGGCUGGUGCGGGCCACGAGCAGGUGAUUCGGCUGCACGAUCUCCGGGCGGUGGCCAAGAUCUUGAAGGAGGAGGUGAGCGACGAUGUCUUGAAGGCGAUGAUUCUGGAGGCCAACGGUGGAACCGGGGUCGGCCAAGGAGUGAACAUGGAAGACUUUCGAGCCAUCAUGACUCGGGCGGGCGUCUUCCGGUAG